AUGUUAAAGAUGGCUUCUGUCAUACACUUAACGAAGCUUUUUAGUAUAAAUAAGAUCUUCCGAAUUAACCAAGCAAGGCACCAAUUCUGUCAUCAUGUUGGGGUGCUCAGCCGUUGUCCUUCAACAGUCAAUGCACAAAAACAGGAAUUACUUGUCACAUCACAUAUUAGUGUAUCUCCAAUUGGAAUAUCUCAAUUUCGACAUGCUUCUGGAGGGAACAAGAAAAACUUCUUCUCGGAUCUUAUGGGCAACAUUAAACAGGAAAUGGCCAAAAAUAAAGAAAUGAAGGAAAGCUUAAAGAAAUUUCGUGAGGAACGAAAUAAGUUGGAACAGUCAGAAGCCAUCCAGAAGGCUCGAGAAAAAUUUGAAAACAUUGAAGCUGAAACUUUAAAAAGUUCUGCAGCUUUCAAGAAGAAAAUGGAAGAUGUUAAAGGUCGACUCUCUAAAACAUUUGAAGAAGUUCAGAAAACAGAGUUUGCAAAAAAAGGUAAAGAAUUGACAGAAGAAAUCAGUAAAUCUGCAGAGAAAGCUGCUGAGACGAUCUCCAAACAACGUGAUAACAUUGGACAGACAUCAACUUUUAAGAACCUCAGUGAGGGUGUGAAAGCUGUUAAAAAGGAAAUUGAAGAAACUACAUUGUCACGUGCAAGAACUUACAGAGCUCCAGAAACGUUGAGGAAACGAUCCGAAAAAUCUUCAAAAAUAAAGACUGAAGAAAAACAGGUUGAAGCCAAUGAAGAUGCAACUGGAAUGGUUUUACACAAGGAUUCACGUUGGUACCAGAGUUGGCAGAAUUUCAAAGACAAUAACCAAUAUGUACAUAAAUUGUUUGACUUGAAAAUGAAAUAUGACGAGAGUGAUAAUAUCUUAAUCCGAGCCACCAGGUCCUUCACAGAUAAAGUUGGUGUUGUAUUUGGUAGUAUGUUUUCCAAAACUGAGAUGUCUGAAGUUUUAACAGAAAUUUGUCGAAUUGAUCCCAGUUUUGACAAAGAAAAGUUCUUGAAAAGUUGUGAACGAGAAAUUAUUCCAAAUAUUCUGGAGGCAAUGAUUCGUGGUGAUUUAGAAAUUCUGAAAGAUUGGUGUUAUGAAGCACCUUAUAAUACAUUAGCGCAUCCCAUCAGACAAGCCCAUGCAGCUGGUUAUAAGUUUGAUUCCAAGGUUUUAGAUAUCAACAAUGUUGAUGUGGCUGCUGGAAAAAUAAUGGAACAGGGUCCAGUAUUAAUUAUUAGCUUCAAUAGCCAACAGAUAAUGGCAGUACGAAACAGUAAAGGUCAUGUGGUGGAAGGCAAUCCUGAACAAAUCUUACGAAUAUUUUAUGUGUGGGCUUUGUGUCGUGACCAAGAAGAACUUGACCCCCGGGCAGCAUGGAAACUAAUGGAUAUUUCUGCGAGCUCUGCUGAACAGUGGUUGUAG